GAAUGGAUAGAUUUUCUCAACUUCAACUUACAUUUUGUGUUAUGGUUUCGGUCUGCUGUUGCAACACUUGAAAAUCAAUCGAAUUAUUUUACCAAAUCGUUAAUUUCAUUAAAUUAAAAAAUAUGAAUAGAUUAUUUGGCCGAGCUAAACCAAAGGAGCCAGCUCCGAAUUUGACGGAUUGCAUUGCUAAUGUCGAUGCAAGAGGAGAGUCAAUUGAUAAAAAAAUAGCUCGGCUAGAUGCGGAGUUGGUCAAGUAUAAGGAUCAAAUGAAAAAAAUGAGAGAAGGACCAUCUAAGAAUAUGGUGAAACAAAAGGCUAUGAGAGUUCUGAAGCAAAAGAAAAUGUAUGAAUCACAAAGGGACAAUCUUGCUCAGCAAUCAUUUAAUAUGGAGCAAACCAACUUUGCUACUCAGCAAUUAAAGGAUACAAAAGUUACUAUUGAUGCAAUGAAGAUGGGUGUCAAAGAGAUGAAACAACAUUAUAAAAAAGUUAACAUCGAUGAAAUUGAAAAUGUUCAAGAUGAUUUAGAGGAUAUGUUAGAUCAAGCUAGUGAAGUGCAAGAAGCUCUUGGUAGGAGUUAUGGUAUGCCAGAAGUUGAUGAUGACGAACUUGAAGCAGAAUUGGAUGCAUUGGGUGAUGAGAUAGCUUUAGAUGAAGAUACUUCCUAUUUAGAUGAUGCAGUAAAAACACCAUCUGUUCCUUCUAAAGAACCUGGAGCUGACAGUGUUCCACCUGGUGGUGUAUUGGUUGACGAAUUUGGAUUGCCAAAAAUUCCAGCCAGUUAAUGUUUCUUAACUCCAAAAUAUUGUAUAUUUUAUCUUAAAUUGCUUUGUAAAUAUAUGGGUAUCUAGUAAUGUGAUAUUCAAAAAAUUGCUCUACAUUUGUAUAUUCAGUUGAUGAAAACUUUCAAAAUCUUAAGUAGCGUAUAAAGUAUUACUUUUUCUUUCAAUGAAGCAAUUUUAUUUUCUUAAGGGAUUAAAAUAAUUGCAAUUUUAUUCAAUGAUCUUUAUAUAUAAAUAUUCAUUUCUUUAAUGCUUUAAUAUGGUUUAGUUGAUUAAGAAAAAGUUAGUUGCAUACGUUGUAUUAAAGAUGUUAAUUUUUUUAUAAUCAAUAAUUAUUUAGCUUGUACUUUUUCUGUAACUGUUUACCCUACAUUAUUUCAAUACUUUUUUUAAAAAUAUCGACAACUUUUAAUUUUUAGUUUUUGUUAAAAUAGUAUAUAUAUUAAAAAGGAUUCAUUUAUGUGAUAAGAAAUAGUUCAAAAAUGUAUUUUUAAAAACAUGUCAUCAAAGUAUUACUGACGUUUGGUGUUUGAAAUGAUGGGUUCAUUAAAAGCAAAUAGUAACAGUAAAUGUUUUCCUAACAAAAAUAGUCAUUUCUUAAAUUAUUUCACAAAAUACAAACAUUGCUGGUUGUCCUGAUAUUCUUGAUUUUCCUGAUGAAAAAUAUUUUGUUUAUAUUUAUCCUGGUAUUCUUGAUUUCUCUGUGUGAAAAACAUCUCAUUUUAUAAGAAUAUAAUUGCGGAUUUUUAAAAAUAGAUUUGAAGAAUUGAGAAAAUUCAAUUUUAGAUCCAACACUUUUUUAUUUUAAUUAAUAAUGCUAAUAGAAAUCUCAAAAUUUGAUAGUUCACAUUUAGGAUCUAUCUACUAAUUUUAUACAGGGUUCAGGUAUGCCCACACGAUAGUUUAAACUUUUUUUUUCUUUUUUUGAAUUCAGUCCUAUCAUAAUUUUAUAUUACCAAAUUUUUAUGUAUUCAGUGUCCUAUACUUAUUUAUUAUUUUAAGCAAAUAUAAUAGCAAAUCUUGUAGGGUGCACUUUUUUAGGUUCACAUUAUUUAUACACAUUUUUCUUGUGAUUUUAAAAAUGAUAGAUUUCAAUCAACUUUACAGUAAUCAUAAUUUUUAAAUAAUAAAUUGAGAGAUCGUUCAUUAAAUUUACUUUUGCCCAAAAAUAUUAUGCGGCAUAUUCACUAUAUUUUUGUUUUGAGAUUGUUGAAACCCUACUUUAAAGUUAUUUGAGUAAGAAAAUCUUGAAAUCAAUUAAAAUUUUCAAUUAUAUAUUGGAGUGAGGGAAUAAUAACUAAUUGAAACUGUUUUUUUUUAAUCUAACUGUACUAUGAAAAUUUUCUAUGCCUUGUUUGAAAUUUUUAUGAGUUGUUCACUAUAAAUAAAAUUAUGUUGAAAACUUUCUGUUUUAAGCAAAAUAAUUCAGAAAUUAAAAAAAAAAAAUAUUUUAUUAUUCUUUUGGGAUUUUCCUUUUAUAAUCCUGGAGCAGAACAAAUUAUGUAUUUUUUGUUUGCUUUUUUUUUAAAAGAAGUCUAGUAUAUGUAAAUGUUCUGGUUUUUUUAAAAAAAGUUCUGAUAUUUUCUUUGGUUUUCCGCAAUGUCUGCCUAGACCUUGAAAUUAAUUUUAAAAAAAGAAAAAGAUAUUAUUAAAAACAGAUCAGUAUAAUUUUUUAUUUAUUACUUUGAACAAAUAAUACUAAUUUGAAGUUUAAAUAUAUUAAGAGAAAUAAAACUUUUUACCUAGUCUUUUUCCAAAGAAAAAAGAAAAUUUUGGAAAUUCCUCAAAAUGUUUAAAAACCCUGCAUUUUCCUUGGAAGAAUAUAAAAUAUUAGUGUGCUUUAUUAAGUAAAACCAAUGUGUUGUAGUGGUAUGUCUUUUAUUUUUUUUAUACAAUAGCAUGUGCAUUAAAUUAGGUAAUGUUGCUUGUUGGUUGAAAACUGCUCACAGCAUGCUUUAAUUGCAAAUUUCAUAGAUGUAGUAUACCUUUAUAAUUGUCCUAAUGUCCUUUUUUAUUUUUCAGUAAAUAAACCAUUGCUUAUAAUUCUACCUAUUUAACCACUUGCAACUAGUUAUAAAUUUAAAGUUCUAAAUAAAGUUGAUUGUUACCAA